UAGAUGUAUGUAUAUAAAGUUUACAUAUUUUAGAACUAAUCACAUGUCAGUGUGAAUUUUAGUGAAAAUAAAUAAUUUUAUUUAAUUUUAAUAAUGAAUGGAUUUCAGCUGCUUGGAUUACUUAUGAUAGGCACAUUUGUCAUUGCAGUGGACUUUCAUGAACAUUCAAAACAAAGAAGCCGUACGAAGCGAUUCUUAUUCAAUCGAUAUCAACCUGACACCCAUAAUGGAAAAAUAUCUCGAUGUUGUAAUUGCGAUGAUUUGGGUAACGGUACAUCGUGUUAUGAAAGGUGUAGAAGUGGUAUCCAGAGAGACGAUUCCGAGCACUGUACAUAUGAAAUGUGUUCAGUAACGGUAACUCUCAUUAUAGGCAAAUUUUACCUUUUAUCCAGGUGCGAAAACAGAAAUUCAUGCCUUAAUAAUGUAACAAGUAUUGAUGACGCGAAAAAUAAUAGAUGUGACUCAUUGAAGAAAAGUGACAUGGUAGAUGGUACAGUUUGUCGUUACUGUUGCGAGUCUUAUAACAACGUUUCAUCAAUAGCAUGUUUAAAGAACCUGGAAACUAUCAUCAACCAUACAUAUAGCCAAAAUGCUGGUAAAGCAUUAAAUAGCACAGUAACAUCAUCUACAUCCUUCUCAAGUUCUCAGUCAUCUACAACAUCUUCAAGCCCUAGAUUAUCAACAACCUCUCCAAGUUUUUUAUCAUCAAACUCUUCAAGUUCUCAAAACUCGCUUCAAUAUGCGAAAUUAACUUGUGAAACAUGUAUAAAUAGCACCAAUUGUAAAAUAGAAACAUGUAAAACUAGUGAUAACUACUGUGAAAAUGUUGUCAGUUUUGACAAUGGGAUACAGAAAAUCAUCAAAAAGAGCUGUGCAACAAUAUUUGAAUGUAAAUAUGACCACUCAAUGAGGAACAGUGAAUGCGACCCGACCAAUGCUAUAAACAGUACGAACUACAUGACAUGUCACUACUGUUGCCAAGCAACAAGAAACUCUCCACCUUGUAAUACAGAUAAUAUUCCGAAACAUUUGGAUUUGUUUGACGGUAAACAUAUAUUACAAAUAAAACGUCAGCAGGCCCAUCGUUGA